AUAUAUUCACAUAGUUUGAAUUUGGAUGAACAAUUUAGGAAAGAGAUGAUCAAAAUUCGAAACCACGCUGUUAAAACUUGAAAGUGCUGUUUGAAAUUCUGGCAAUGGGUGUUGCCAAAUACAAAAUACACGUCUGAAAGUGUGUAAUGAACUGUGGUUAAUACCGUGAUGUGCCAUGUGUGUGCGGUUGUAAGCAUCAUGAUAUGCAUGAAUUGCAGGGUAGUGAGCAUUUUUGAUAUGGCAACAUGUUUAACUGAGAUAAAGUCAGUGACCACACACCUCUUUGACCUCUACACUAAGAUUAGCCUUUUCUUUCUCAUUCCCUUUCUUGUAAUCACAUUCUGCGAUGUUCACAUGUGGAUAACUGUCGCACAGCUGAGGAUAAACACACUUCAUCAGCCUUCGAGAGUCAGUUUUUUUUUUUUUUUUUUCUGCUCCUGGCAACACCACAGACUUCGCUCUGUCCCUUAUGCACCUGGGUUAUCUGGAAUACAGUCAAUUCUUUCGCGGCACAAACUUCUUAGCCCGUGUCAUUCAUGUCCUGGUCGACCUCCGCUGCUGCCUGAACUUUCUGUUCCAUGUAUUUAGAGCACGAAGGUUUAGAAAGUAUUUCCACAUCUCAUGUAGCACGUCAUCUCAAGGAAUAGAGGAAGUGGGUCAAAACGCAAUUUCAGUGUCUUAACUAAUCUACACGAUGUUACCGAAUACUGACCAACCAUUCCUCUUGCCUAAACACUUCACAGAGAACCUGCGAUGGCAAACGUCUCCACAGUGACCGAUGAUGGAGACAAUGGUACAGAUCAGACUGUAUAUUUGUGUGACUAUUCUGACUUUUCAACCGUCAGCGGUGCCUUCUUCAUCCUCAUCUUCAUCAUCAGUGCGACUGCCAACUGCGUCCUCUUGUGCGUCGUUUUUCUCUACGAAAACCUGAAAAAUGUCACAAACAUGUUCGUCCUGAACCUGGCUUGCUCGGAUUUGGUCUUCACCGUCACACUUCCGUUCUGGGGCGUCUAUCACCUUCACCACUGGGUGUUCGGGGACUUUUUGUGCAAAUUUAUCACUGCGGCAUAUUUUCUCAGCUUGUACAGCAGUGUCAUUCUCCUGACUGCCAUGACGGUGGAUCGUUUCGUGGCGGUGGUGUUGCACAACUACCCGAGCAACCGUGUGACCAGGAAGAGGUGUUUAAUUGGAGCCUGUGUGGGUGCAUGGGUCAUCAGCGUUGGCGCAUCACUGAGUGAUGGUAUCUCAACACAGGUGGAGUACUGGGACGAUAUUUACUUAUGUGAGGCUCAUUCUGAUGGCUCUGAUACCGACGUGGCGUAUUACCUCCAAGCCUCACUGCUUUUCUUCCUCCCGUUUGCCAUCAUUAUUGUCUGCUAUUCCAGCAUCCUCAAGACAGUUGUGCAGGCUUCCAACAGAAAAAGAUACAGGACAGUAGUCGUGGUGUUGUGCAUUGUUGCAGUCUUCUUCAUCUGCUGGGGGCCGUACAGUUUUUUACUCUUGAUCAAGAGGCUCUACAAACCCAACGACUGUGAGGCAAAGGAGCGGUUGGACGUUGCCUAUCAAAUCUGUCGCUUAUUUGCCUUCUCUCAUUGUUUUAUGAACCCUUUGCUGUACAUGCUCUCAGGAAAGAUGCGAAGACACUUGUUGCAUCUUCUGCACCUCAAGAGGAAGUGGGGGACGCACGCGGAGAGAAGCACCGGGCACAGCACGGGCUUUCAGGACGUUUUAUAUACGGCACAAACCUCUGCUGUCACUUUUACACAGAAAUCAAACAGAGGAUCACAGCUGAAAUGAAAUGUCAGCCGUGGGUCUGAUUGGAGGUUUGUUUGUUUUAUUAUUAUAGAGCAACAACUCGGAACACAGGUUCACUUAUGUUUGUACAUAUUGUUAUAUAUAUUUCUUAUAUUUUUAUAUUAUCUUACUUAUCCUUAUUGCCUACAUUGCUCUGCUGCUGUAACAAAAGGUAAUUUCCCCCUGGGAUCAAUAAAGUAAUUCAGAUUCUGAUUCUUUUCUGCGAGUCGAGUAAAAUUCGCACUAAUGUUUUUUUUUUCUUUUCUUUGAAAGGAAUGUUUGCUGAUGUACACUGUCCCUGCUUAAAUAAAGAAAUAGAUACACUGAAAUUUAAAUGUUGACUUGUAUGAUGUACGAUGACUGCAGUAAUAACAUUUAGUUCAAACCCAUAAAAUCUGUUUUCACUUUUCUUCUUCACGGACAACUUCCGGCGCGUCAUAAAAAGCUGGAUU